AUGGACUUCAUGGAUACCAAGUACCCACAUGUUGACACAAUGAAGGCCCUUGGAAUCUUUGAAGAUGUGGAGCUAGUUCUCAAGAACAUGCACUUGGCCAAGCUUUUCUCUUAUCACAUGGAAUCCUACAAGGAGCUCACUUGCGAGUUCUUAGCUUCAAUGAGGUACCACAUGUAUGAAGAGGAAGAUAGAGCUGAUUUGGACCAAGGAUUGGGAUGGAUCACGUUCUUGGCUAAGGGAGAGAAGAGAAUGGUGACCUUUAGGCAGCUUGGAAAUCUUGUUUGGGUUCAACUAUGGAGAAGCUCAAAUCAGGAGCCCAGUCUUGAGAUAUGUGCACAAGGCACUUGCCAACACCUUCUUUGCAAGGAAGGCACCGGGACCAUCAACGAGGGGGAACUCAAGUUUCUUGACAUGGGAAUCAAGCCCCUUCUCUCACGCACAAGCGAUGGCAAGAGGAUAAGGGGAGAUAGAUCUGACACAGGGAACUUGAUGCCUUUCCUUGACCAUCUCCUUACCUACAAGAUCACAGCCUACAACACUAGACAUCAACGAGGGAGGCGCCUAAGUGUUGGAGGGCUCAUCACUCCUAUCUUGUGUGCUGCUGGAGUGAACCCAACUGAUAGGAGAGCCACUGAACCAGGUUGGAUGGACAUCAAGUUUUGCAAGACCAACCUUCUCAUUGAGCACAAGGAGUUGGAUGGGAGAUUCCAAUUCAAGUUCACACAUCCAUUGGUUGGAUCCUCCAAGUUCCUCCUACCUAACCCAGAGCUCACCACAGUAGUAAGGGGUGAGAACAUUGACUUCAGACCCCCUGUGUACACAUUAGUUGGGCAUGAGGAUGAUUCGCGAGAAGAGGAGCCUGAGCUCGAUCGAGCUGAGUCUCGAGCUGAGGAUCGAGCUGAGAUCGAGCUGAAGAUCAGGGCCAGGAAAGUGCGGAUUUGGGUGAGCCUGAGUGCUAUUACUUUGAGGAGUAUGAGGCUCCAAGGAUGA